ACCACCAACUGGACUCGUGCCCACCCCUCCGUGUUUCCUCUCCCUCCUCUACAUUCCCAUCCACCACUCUAUACUCCUUUUCGUGGACUGUUCCCCUCCCCCCCCCUUCCUCUUCUCUUCUCCUCUCCGGUCACCCUCACCGGGUCUCUCCAUGCCUGGUAUCCGUUAAGGUUCCUUGGUCUUGACACAGCUCUAGCUCCAAUUAUGCCGAUUCGCCCAUUGGAUGAAUGGGCCGCUGCCCGCACGCAGUCCCUUCCACUCUCCGCCCUCAAAGGUGCCGUCGUCGGUAUCGAUGCUUCGCAUUACAUCAAACAGCACCUCCUCCACCCUUCCACCCGUGAGCCUCUCCUGGUCGCUCUUGGCGGAUUCCCGUUCGCCCUGAGGAAUAAUAUCGAACGAGAGCUGCAGCUCUUCAAGGACUUGGGCGUAGCAUGUGUUUUUGUUUUCGACGGUCUCGACUUUGGCACUAAGAACCAGCGACCCCACGUAUCGCCGGAGUCGGUACGGGCAUUUGAGCAAGCUUGGGAUCUCUAUGACCAACAACAGGCUGAUCAAGUGGUGGACGCAUUUAGUGGUGCUGGCACUCCUCGACCGGAAUCUCUGUAUCGGUUCUUGCAGCGUAUUCUCCAUAAUAAUGGUAUAGAUUAUAUUGUGGCGCCUUAUAGUGCUGCGGCUCAGCUUGCCUACCUCUCAAAAGGCCCUGAUCCCCUGGUUGAUGCAGUGUGCGGCCCAUCGGAAGUCUUGAUGUUCGAUGUGGAUAAGUUAAUUACCCGGAUUGACGCCGACCCAGCGCAGUUUUGCUGGAUAACCAAACAGACAUGCCAGGAGGAAUUAGGUAGACUUUCCAAUGAACAGUUCCUGGAUUUCUGUCUCCUCCUGGGGUCUUUAUUCCUACCGACAUUCCCCAUAUUUGAGAACCCCGCCUUUCCUGGAAAGGGCGCUACCAUUCGGGAUGCUCUACCGAUGUUCAACUCUGCUGGACGGAGCGCCCUCUCGCUGUGCGCCCAGUUCGAGGAGGAUCGCCGUAUGCAGGAGCUUCAAUACACAGACCGUUACAAGCGUGCAUUCAUGACAGUGAAGCACCAUGUGUUUAUAGAUGCGGAAGGACGGGUGGGCCCGAUGGACCCAGAGAACACCUCUUCUGACAUGCACGAGUUGAUCGGUCAGCGUCUUCCCGAAGAACUCUACUUUUAUCUCUCUAAAGGUGUCUUGGGCGCUGAUGUGCCCAACUACCUGACGUCUGGCGAGGUCAUGGUCUCUCGGCCUUUGGGCGUGGAAGAUACAGAAAUCUAUCGCCAGAUUCUACCAGACCAAGGUGAUCCAAGUGCGCACUUGGUAUGAUGAGAGGUCCGAUACAUCAGUCAAUCUCAAGUCUUUGCCUUCGGUUAAAGAUACUAUUCAGUCUUGGAAGAUCCGGAUUGAUCAGCUACCGGAGGGGCUGAAGAAACUGCAGCGGUCGAAUGGUCCGUUCAAGUUUGCCGUCCAAAGCCUGAAGGAUUCAGAGUUUGUGUCCAAGUCUCUCUCUGCC